AUGUCCGACAGUUUCUUCAUCAAGAAUAGAACGGCAAUCGUUGUCACUGCGUUGGCUGUAAGUUCAGCUGUGGGUGCUUAUUGGUACUAUAACCAACUGCAGUCAACGACCACAACAUCAAAAGAUCUUGGCGAUGAUACAGCCACUGGUUCAUCAAGCAAGAAAAACAAAAAGAAGAAGAAGAGCAAGAGUUCCUCUACUCCGGAACCUGACGCUUCAAGUAACAAUCACAAGAAAGCAGCAAAGUAUCCAGUAAAUUCUCAAGGAUUACCUGAAAUCACAUCUGAAGUUGUUAACAACUUGUCUGAACAAGAAAAGGAAGAAUGGGCGAUUCAAUUAAAAGAGGAUGGAAACACCGAAUUCAAGAACAAGCAGUAUGAGAAGGCAAUUGCAUACUACUCAGCUGCUUUACAAUUGAAAGAAGAUCCAAUCUACUAUUCAAAUAGAUCUGCUUGUUAUGCUGCUCUAAAUGAUCACGAAAACGUCAUCAAGGAUACUACUGCCGCAAUUAAAUUGAAGCCAGAUUAUACUAAAUGUAUCUUGAGAAGAGCUACCUCUUAUGAAACUUUGGAAAGAUACGAAGAUGCCAUGUUUGAUUUGACUGCAUUAACCAUUUAUGGUGGCUUUUCCAACAAAUCAGUUGAGCAGAUUUUAGAAAGAGUAUUGAGAAAACAUUCAAUCAAGAUUGUCGAUCAAAAGGAGAAAAUUUUGGCGUUACCUUCAGCUGCUACAAUUGGUUCAUUCUUUGGUGCUUUUGCUGAUGAAUCUCAAUUGACGGGUGUUGAUGAAAAUAGCGAAGGUGGAGCCAAAUUUUUGUAUGAUGCUUUAGCUAAAAUCAAGGGAAACACUAGAGAUGGUUAUGAGGAAGCAGAUGGCUUGAUUAACCAAGCAGUCUCGGCGUUGGAGGGAGAUGAAUUGAAAAAGGAUACUUAUGCCAUUGCAUUGGAGUAUGCUUCCGCUUUCCAAUUUUUGAAAAAUGACCCAUCUACUGCUGCUGAUUUAAUCAACAAGUCAUUGUCAAUCCAACCAAGACCUAGAGCUUAUGUAUUUAGAGCAUUGAUUAACGCUGACAAAUCUUCAUAUGAUGAAGCCUUGAAGGAUUUCAAACUUGCUGAAAACUUGGAUCCAAACUCACCCGAUAUCUUUUAUCAUUUGGGUCAAUUGCAUUACCUUACUGGAGAUUUAGCCAAUGCUGAAAUCAACUUCAACAAGGCCAAAUCUUUGAAUCCAGAAAAUGUUUACGCGUACAUCCAAUUGGCUUGUAUUACAUACAAGAAUGGUCACCCUGAUGAAGCCAAUGAGAAGUUUACUGAAGCUAAAUUGAAAUUCCCCACUAGUCCAGAAAUCCCCAAUUACUAUGGAGAAAUCUUGGCUGAUAAAGGUGACAUUUCUGGUGCUUUGAAACAAUUUGAUAUUUCUGCCAGAUUACAAGAAAGAUUGGAUAGAUUUAGUGUUGGUGCAUUGCCAUUAAUCAAUCAAGCCACUGUUAUUUCGAGAGAGAGUUUGGAAAGAAUUGAUGAAGCCGAGUCAUUGUUAACUAGAGCUUGUGAAUUGGACCCUAAAUCCGAAUUGGCCAGGAUUUCAUUAGCACAAAUUAAAUUGCAAAAGGAUGAAGUUGAUGAUGCUAUUGUUCUUUUUGAGGAAAGUUGUGACUUGGCUAGAUCUAUUGAAGAAAAAAUCCAAGCAAUCUCAUUUGCUGAAGCAACCAAGAUGCAAAAGAGAAUUAAGAAUGAUCCUCUUUUGACAGCAAAGAUUGCUGAGUUGAUGAGACAAGGUGGUGUUAUGUAA